AUGCAAUACUCAGCCCUCCUCACCGUUGCUCUCGCAUCCCUCUCCGUCGCCGCCCCAACCCCAAAUCUCAAGGCCCGCGCAGCCGUCCUCGGCACCGCAACCUACGAUGACCUCUCCGUCUCUGGAGGUGUAGCAGGUGAUGCUCUCAACGAGGUUCUCGCCAAGCUCCCCAUCGACACCUCCGACUUCGCCAACGUCGACCCAGCAGACAUUGCUUUCCUGGGAGAUGUCAACGAUAUCGCUAACGAUGCCGAGACUGAGGCAUUCAACGUCGCUAUCGAGGCAGCAACUGGUGACGAGAAGGUUGCUCUCCAGAACGGCAAGAUAAAGAACAAGGUCCUCAAGCUCGAGGCCACCGUCCUCCAACUCCAAGCUCAAGCCGCCCAGGGCAAAGACACCUCCGCCAAGCUCGCAGAGGAGACCAAGAAGCUGAAUAACAACAUUGCCCUCGAUGCGGCUGCUGCGGGUCAACCAUCGACUUUCUUGAGCUUUGAUGCUCAGGCUGGGUCUGGUGAUGUUGCUGCUGCGCCGGCUGCUGAUGCUGGUGGUGAUAAUGCCAAUGCCAACGCUGAUGAUGCCAACGCUGAUGAUGCCAACGCUGAUGAUGCUGAUGCCAACGUUGACGAGGAGGCCAACGCCGGUAACAACAGCAACAACAACAACAACAACAACAACAACAACAACAACGACAACGCCAACGCUGAUGAAGCUGACGCAAACGUCGACGAGGAGGCCAACGCCAACGAGGACGACACCGAGGAAGUCGAGGUCUGCACCAAGCAGCGCGUCAAGAAGUCCAAGUUCUAAAUUUUGAGGACUUUGCCUGCUUACCUUACUCACUGUCUAUUUGUCGACGAGUUAGUUGAUUGGUACAUGUACGAAACACCAUAGGAGGAGAUGAAGUGGAAUUAAAAAAGAAUUUUCUUGUUUUAAAUAUUUUGAGUUUUGUUGGGGAAUGAACGGGGAAUGUGGGGAUGGAUGGACUGUUUUUGGACCACCUCAACUUUUUUGUGUGUAUUGUAUCAUCAUAUCGCCAGAGCUAGUUGUUUUUGGCCAGACAAUUUAAUGAGAUAUAAUACCCUUUAAACACUUCAAAUAAACUGAGAUGGGAGUGUGUGUGUGUGUGUGUGUGUGUUUGUGUCUUUUGAAUGGAUUGUGGAGGAGUUGGAAUUGGAAUUGAUUGUGGAUUUGGAUAUGGUUUGGAAUGGAAUGUGGUGUUGGAUGCCAAGUGUCCCCUCGAGCCGCGUGCAGGUACUUUUCGGAGGAUCGGAGACUAGUGGAUAUUUACUGCAUGUGGCAUCGUGCAGUAAAAACUAAUGAAUGCCAGUUGGAUGAUCCACAGUCUUUUUCGUUCGUGACGACGCAAACGGAAAAGUGGAGAGCGGAUUGAAGUUGUAGUACUGAGAGAUGGAGAAGCGGCUUUGGAGCGGCUCUGGAUUUGAUGAGUCGCAGGGCGGGAAGUGUCGCAAGUGGACACAAAUUCAACAACACACACCCACUUGGGGAUUGGGUGAGGGGAGAGGAAACGAAGGCCAGCGGACU